CCUUCGAAUGAACUUGCGGGUGGAAAAGCCAAAUGACGGGCAGCAGCUGAGAGUAGGAAAAUGGUGCCCGUGCGAUGAACAAGUGAAUCGCGCGAGAGACGAGACACGAUUUUCAUCUGACGGAAUCUCGGUUUCGAAGAACGUACCGCAGUCGGUGACUCGGGUGGAAAACUUAAAAUUCGGUACAUUUUCAAAUCCCGGAGCCCGGAUUUUCGGCUGGUGAGCAGCUGUUAGCCGGAAGAGCCAGGCCGUUGGCUGUGUAUAAGCAGCAUCCGCAGAAAUAUAGAACCCCCCACCGCCACGUGUGUUUUAGGCCGACACGGACACGGACACUGACGCGGGUCGGUGCCCCCCAUCCAUCGGAAAACGCAAACGGCUUACAUUUAUUAUGCAAACGGGACGAAAGCAGAGCAACAACAACGAAUGAGCGGAGCGGUACAGAAAAUGAGAGCACGGAGAACAACAGAGAGACGAUAUAAAAAACGUUCUUAAGAGCACACAUCCAAUCUAAAAAGAAAAAAAAAUAGUCGGUACAACGGUACAAAAGUGCGAAAGGAAAAGCGAAAGUGAGAAAUCAAAUCGGCGGCCGUUAAAAAACUGGAAAGCGCUCAUCCUCUCCUCUUCUAUCCUUUAAACUCUUCUUUUCUAUUCUCUCCUCUCGUGUUUCCUUCUCCAUUUUUUUCGUUUUGUUGUACACAGACAACGAAAAAUUUGUCAUCGAAGCGGCGUAGCGGAGAAGAACAAAAGAAACGACUGUCGUGGACCGUACUGGCUUACAGGGGGAAAAGCAUCACACAAAGAGGAUAGCACGAAAGAAGGAACGAAAUAAUAAAACACCGAGUGCGGGCGAGAAAGAGAGGGAAGCACCCUGAGCCCCCAACUCAAUGUCCUACCCCCGCUGGAGACGACACGACGACGCACUCACGCGCACGUGUCGGGGCGCAUAAGCUUCGCACUUGACUUGAACAUUAAACGCGUAGGGCUCUGCCACCGCUGCCCCUGCCGCUGCCGCAGUCAGUUGCGCUCCCCUACCCCACCUCUCGUGCGUUAUGGAAAUUCUGGAGGCCUACAUCCUACUGCUCCUGUCGGCCCCGGCCCCGACCACGGUCCUGCUGUCCUGCUGCCGCGGUGUUGUACCGCCUCCUCCUCCUUGCCACCAGCAGGCUGUAAAAUGCUGAAAAAAUCUCCAGCCUUUCCACGCAAUUUUUGACAGCUGUCAACGUGAGCUCAGCCUCACUGUGCGAGUGUGAGUGCGAGUGUGUGUGUGGAGGUGGUUGGUGUGUGUGAGUGUGUGUGGCAUAGUUGUUUCCACUUGGGCGGCAAGGUCAACGCGCCACAUGAAAAUUUAAAGGCAACACCAGAGCCGCCACGAAAACAAACCGAAAAGCAUGACUAGGAUUGGCAGGAACAAGAACAGGAGCAGGAGCAGGACAAGGAGCAACAGCAUCGGCAUCGGCAUCUGCAGCAUCAGGAGAAACCCAUAUCCCACAUCCGUCGAGUCGGCACCGUUGCAAAAAUGCUUGAGAAAUAUGUCGCCACAUACUAUGUGCGUGUGUGUGAGCAAGUGAAAUUAAAAUUCCCGCAUGCCUAAUGAAUUCUCCAUCCGAAAUAUGUGUCCCCCAAACGUUUGACGCACGUCCCCGCCACAGCAGCCGCAGCCGCAGCCACAGCCAUCUGUAUCUGCAUCUGUGUUCGGUUCGUGUUGCGCGAGUGUCCCCGUAUAUGUGAAAGUGUACUCGCGCGCUUGUGUGUGUGUCCUGUGUGUGUGGGUGUGUAUGGCUGUGUAAGCCAAAACAACAGUUACAAAACAAUGGUUAACUAAACCAAAAGAAGGAGCAAAAGCUACGGCAAGAAGAAGAGCUAAGGAAAAAAGGAAACUAAAAAUAGAAAGGAAAAAAUAAGUGAGAACUGAGAGCAAAGAAGCAGCUGGGAAAUAUUUGAUCAUUUUUGGUGAAAAGACGCAGCGAAAAGGAGCAGCCGUCAGCCAGAAAACAUUGAAGAGCGGAAAGUGGAAGAGAGAGUAGCAUCCGCAUCCUAAACAACAAGCUGGAGGGCAUGUCCACAGCCAAAAGGCUGGUGCUCUCGCUACGUGGACGCAAGAACUCGCAGGGCAAUUCGGCGACAUCCUCCACCCGACUGGUAUCUGCCGGCACCUCGCCCGGCCAUGAGCUGGAGGAAAUAGCCGUUGUCUCUGGGACCGGCACCAGUAGCCAUCAUUUCUCCUAUGGCGGGUGUAUUGCCAGCAGCGAUGCCGCCGCCUCAACGCCGCGAUACUCCACAGAUCUAGGACCAAAGUUUGGCAUGUCCCAGCCGAAAUUCGGCCAGAGCGUCUCGCAACAAGGUUUCUUCACGUCGCACGACAGCCUGGCCACACCAUGCGCCUCCCGAGCCUCCAACUCGCAGAUGGCCACCGUAAGCACUGCCUCCGAAAUGGAUCUACUGCACAACAAGCAACGCAACAAGUCGCGCGGCCGACUGAAAACAACAACCAGCGGCGACCAGCCGCUCCUCAGUGGCACCGGCACCUGGAACCGAUCGACGGGCCGCGGCUCACAGGAUAACACCCUCGGGGGCGGUGGCGUCACACACAUACCCAUGGGAGGGCACAAUCAGUAUGGUGGCAACUACUGCAACGGCACAGAUCGCUAUCCACGUUCACGAUCGCAGCACCAGCAGCCGCACCACAAUGUUGCCCCACAGCCGCAUCGCUACCAGCUGCAGCAUUCUGUGUCGCACCAUCUGCACCCACACGGAGCCUCCUCACAGGGUGGGGAUGGUCAGGGUGGACACGGCGGCCAUCCACAUCAUGGACACCAUGGAGGAGGCGGCGGCGGGCCACAUGGCGGCGGUGGGGCACAUGGAGGCCAGCCGCACCACAAGAAGCCGCACCGCACCGCCUCGCAGCGAAUUAGAGCGGCCACGGCGGCCCGUAAGCUCCACUUUGUGUUCGAUCCGGCGGGGCGGCUGUGCUACUACUGGUCCAUGGUGGUGUCCAUGGCCUUUCUGUACAACUUCUGGGUGAUAAUCUACCGCUUCGCCUUCCAGGAGAUCAAUCGGCGCACGAUUGCGAUCUGGUUCUGUCUCGACUACCUGUCGGACUUCCUCUAUCUGAUCGACAUCUUCUUCCACUUUCGGACCGGCUAUCUGGAGGACGGGGUGCUCCAGACGGACGCCAUCAAGCUGCGCACCCACUACAUGAACUCGACGAUAUUCUACAUCGACUGCCUGUGCCUGCUGCCGCUGGACUUUCUUUAUCUGUCCAUUGGCUUCAAUUCGAUUCUGCGCAGCUUCCGGCUGGUCAAGAUCUACCGCUUCUGGGCGUUCAUGGACCGCACCGAGCGGCACACCAACUACCCGAACCUCUUCCGCUCAACGGCCCUCAUCCACUAUCUGCUUGUGAUAUUCCACUGGAACGGCUGUCUCUACCACAUCAUCCACAAGAACAACGGCUUCGGGUCCCGCAACUGGGUCUACCACGACUCCGAGUCGGCGGACGUGGUGAAGCAGUAUCUGCAGAGCUACUACUGGUGCACCCUGGCCCUCACCACCAUCGGGGACCUGCCCAAGCCGCGCUCCAAGGGCGAGUAUGUGUUUGUGAUAUUGCAGCUGCUAUUUGGCCUGAUGCUCUUCGCCACUGUCCUUGGCCAUGUGGCGAACAUUGUGACGUCUGUGAGUGCAGCCCGCAAGGAGUUUCAAGCCAAGCUGGACGGCGUCAAGACGUAUAUGCGGAUGCGACGUGUGCCGAAUCAUCUGCAGGUGAAGGUCAUCAAAUGGUUCGAUUACCUGUGGCUCACGCAAAAGUGCUCGGACGAGGAGCGCGCCGUUUCCUGUCUUCCUGAUAAAUUAAAGGCUGAAAUAGCAAUUAACGUCCAUUUAGAUACACUUAAGCGGGUCGAGAUUUUUCAAAAUACCGAAGCUGGUUUCCUCUGCGAGUUGGUGCUGCGUCUGCGGCCCGUGCUCUUCUCGCCCGGCGACUACAUCUGCAGGAAGGGCGAGGUGGGCAAGGAGAUGUACAUUGUGAAUCGUGGACGAUUGCAGGUUGUGGCCGACAAUGGAAAGACGGUGAUGGCCUCACUGAAGGCUGGUUCCUAUUUUGGCGAGAUUAGUAUACUCAAUAUGGGCACGGCAGGUAAAGAACUUGGCAACAGACGCACAGCCAGCGUACGGUCCGUGGGCUACAGCGACCUGUUCGUGCUGAGCAAGAAGGACAUGUGGGACGUGCUGAAGGAGUAUCCGGCGGCGCGUGUACGUCUGGAGUCGAUAGCCGUCAAGCGCUUGGAGAAAUACAAGAAGGCGCCCCUAGAAAAAGUCAAAUACUUUAAUGUAGUUGCCAUGGGCCGGUGCCAGUCGACGCCGGGUCUGGUCGAGAGCUGUGGCCGCACCUCGCUCGAGGAGAUGUGGCUGCCACCAGCCCCAACGCCACCAGCCCCACUGGCCCCGCUGAUGCAUCACCACCUGGCACACCAGCAGCAUCAUCCGCAGCAGCACCAGCCGCUACAUCAGCACCAGCAGCAGUCGACGCAGCAAUCCUCGCAACAGCACGGGUACAGUCCUCGCAGCUAUGCGGACCGUCUGGUGCGGGCCACGGACUCGCCCAGAUCGGUCAGCCCCAGUGCCCACGGCUCCGAGGAGCGUCCGCGCAGUCGGGCCGCCUCACAUCACUCGAUUCGACCCCAGUCGCAGCCCAGCCACUCGGGUCACAUCUGCGACUCUAGCUCGCAGCUGGAGUGCUACGGAGCGGGCGUGGGCGCUGUUGGUGGGGGCACAACCCCGCUAUUGGGCUCCCACGAGGCUCUCGAGGACGAGAUCAAGCGGCUGAGAGAACGACUGCAUACGGUGGAGUCGGAGAACCAGGCUCUGAACACGAAACUCUCGCAACAGCAGUGGGAUCUAGAGAAUCGCCUUGCCGAGAUCGAAAUGCAGAUCUGUGGAGUGUCGUCCACGUCCAGCGUGGAUCCCGAGAACGAGACGGAGGAGCUGGAGCGGAAUCGAGAGAGUAUCAUAUAACACGGGAGCGCGCUGCCCCAUCAGCCGAUCGGUAUGGUGUACAUAUCAUGUUCCUCAUGACUCCAUGAUCAUCAUCGAUCAUCUGACAACCGAAAACAACAUCAAUCAAAACGGCAAUCUGGCGAGGAGCGAGCGGAGCAGAAUGGCUGGAUUUUGAGAUCGCCAUCACCCUCAUAAAGCAUCUCUCUCUCUCUUUAUCUAUCUCUCUAUCUAUCUGUUGUGUAUGUUUCUCCAUCACUCUCUCUGUGUUAUGUAUCUAUGUUUGUGUGCAUGCGGUCGAAACACCCCAUUGCCGAAUCAUUUUACUAACCAGAAAACCCCAAACCAUAACCAGGAGCAGCAGCAGCAGCUACACAGCAGCCCCAGGAACAAGCAGUCAGGCGAGAACAGGCGGAGAAGACGGCAGUUGGGACACAGACCCAUAACCAGUGCAGCUCGUUAUAGGAUAGAUCGAAAGAUCACCCAAGAUGUUCAAUUAAAAUCUUUUAUGAUAAAGCGACUCACAACACCAACAAAAAUAAUGGCACUGCCUCGAAAAUUUGUUCAGGCGCCACCACCGCCGCUACAGAAAUAGCCCAACAACCCAACACCACUGGACGACUGGACGCCGAGUGUACAUAUGCAAGAAGGGGGGAGAAGAACUACCACAAAAGAGAUCAAAAGUAUCCCAAAACCUAGUCUAAGAAAAUCGAGCCCCCGAGAGAGAAUGGCAGAUCGUAAUUCGAUGAAUGUAUUGUAAUUUAAGAUAUCGGAAAAGCUUUACUAGAUAUUCCGAAAAGAACUUUUCGCAGCCCAUAACUCGUUGCCCAAAAACUUACACUUUUUCCAUACUAAAAACAAACCAGAAAACAGAAAUCAGAAAUAUACUCGUAUUGAGAUUUAUACAAUAUAGAAAUCAUUAGGCCUAGACUUUUCGCCUCUUUUAAAGGAUACACUAGACAACCGAAACGGGUACCGAAACAUACUCCCAUUGUAAAUACUUUUGCUCCAGGGCUUAACUAGAUUUAUUAUCGCUAGAUGGCAUGGGAGAAUAUAGAAUAGAGAUCAUUUAACAAUUAACUACAAGAUUACUUUAACUCAUGAGUGUAACAAAAUGAAUAAAUCUAAUAUAUACAUACAUAAAUCUAUUGUAAUAUUUGCUAAUUGUAAUUCGAAAACAAAACAAAACUAAAAACUAACUAGAUGUGUAUAUGGGAAACGAUUUACUUUAAAAUUGAAAAUAAUGCAUAAACAAUUUAUGGACAAACUAAGUGAAUAUUUGAAAAAUAUUUGUACUGUACUAUUGGAAAAGAACUGCCAGAGCAAACACCACACACAGAAAACAAAACAAGAACAAAACAAAAGAGAGGCAAUAUAUAGCUAAUAAACUACCAAAACCAAAAUCCAAAAACAAAAACCAAAAACCCCAAAGAAUGUCUCUUAGCCAGAAUCAAUAAGUGAACUAGUAUAAACGAGUAAACACUUUUAAUGCAAUACUAAAUUGUACUACUAUGAGUAUAUGCUAUAUCUAUGUAGAACAUAAGAAAAUUAAAGGUCUAAAUGUAUUUAAAUUUAGUUAGCCGCCCCGAGAACCCAAAAACCCCAAAACCAAAAACAAAAUACCAAAUACCAAACCAAACUGAAAACCAAUGCUGAAGAUUGUAGUCGACACGAAAGAUAUUAGGAUAGAGGAGAGUGAGAAGGAGUGAUAGAGUGAGAGAGAGGGUUCUGUAGCAGAAAACAGAACGCAGUGUAGUCAUCCCCAUAAUAUGGGGGCCGCGAUGCGAUGGAAAUUAGUUUAGCUGUAACUCUAGCUAUACUUAGUUAUAUCUACCAUUAGACGUGUACAAGAGAAGACCAAAGGCAGAUCCGGAUCGGUUCUACUUACACGGAAAACCAGAGAUGGUCUCAAUAAGGAAAUCUAAUAAAUAUAUAGUACGAGUAUAGCUAUAGCUUGAAUAAGAUUCUUAACUUUAGUGAGUGAGCCAAGCGUUUGGAUCAAGAUGCGUUUGAGUAUCUGGAGUCUGUUCGUGAAAGGGAAACGGAAAACGGGCAUGGAAAUGGGAAUGGCAAUGGGAAUGGAAUUAUCGGUAGCUGAAACGGAACUCAUUUCAUUCUGACGGGAUGGGAUGAUAGGCCGCCAAAAGUUGAAACUCAAAAUUUUGUUAGGAUUUUCUCCUUAGAUUUUUGUCCAUGAAGUAAACUUAAUUUGGAUUUUCUAGUGAGAGCAAACUACACGUAAAUUCCUUUUCCAUAUUUUGUCAACCUAAUUACAUUUCGGAAUAUCAAAUAAUGGAUUAAUAAUUAAUUAAUAAUUAAACAAUAAACAUCAAAUGGGGUUUCAUCUAAGACGAAAAAAUUAUACCAAUCCAAGACGGAGUUAAACGAGGGCAGAGAACGGAGUUUGAGAUUCUUUAGUUAGCCAAUUAUUGCCAAAAAUUAAAUUUGAAUAAUGUAAUUGAAUUGAAUUGAAUUUUGAUGGCUUAUUAGCACGCUUAUCGCAGGACAGAACAGGACCCUGCCCUGUCACGUUUGUUAGAUUUAUUCCCAUUGAUUUCUCCGCAGUUUUCUGUUAGAGCGCAUAUAACACAUACAUAUACAUACUAUAUUUAUAUCUAUUUGUUGUUGGGAGUACUCGUGUAAUACAAGGAACUACAUCGAUUUGGUUGUGUUGUUGAUGCAAAGUGUGGGCCAGGUUUGCAGGUCUGGAGCGCGGAAGUGGCUUGUGUAAUGACAAUUUUUUAACUUAAUUUUAUGCAUUGAGAUCUAUGAAUGAAACGGAGACGUAAGAACAUUUAAAGCUUUAUUUUUACUAUAAAUUAAUUAAUUAAUUUAUAAGAUUAAACAGUAAAUUAAAUCAGCAUAGCCAAAACUCCAUAGCCAAAGAAAUGAAUUGAGUUGAAAGUAAUCUCGGAUGAUGCAUUUUAAAAACGAUCACCGAUACAUCAGAUCAGAUCGAAUCAGUUUGGAGAAGGGAAGGCAUGGCCCCGAUUUGCAGCAGGUAAAUCGAGCUUAUCGUGUGAGCAUUUCAAAGCCGAUUACAUUGCUGAACACUCUGAAAUCUGAAAAGGGUAAAAUGAAAAAACACAAAAACAAAAACUAAAAUACAAAUAAAAUCAAAACAAAACAAAAACAAU